UGGUUCAGUGAAAAAGCUGGAGCUUUGACGUCACACCACUAUUUUCCGCAGGAUUAAAGAUGGCGCCGCAUCAUGUACUGAAGUGCUGUCAGCGGAGUUUAGCUUGGAUACCUGUUAUUUUCAUCAACCUGGUCGUUGGCUGGUCUUAUUAUGCAUACGUCGUGGAACUCUGUAUCUGUAAGUAUAAAAUGAUCGUUUUUGGAUGGUUAACGGGGUUUGUUUCCUCAUUGAAAGAAAGUUGCCUGACUGCUUGCUUGCCCAGCUGGGGGAUGUGUAGGACUCGGGGAAAAACUACAGAAACUUGGUGGGACGAAAACAGGUCGAUAAUGUCAUGUAUGGCUCAUCGUCAUCAUAGUCCAAGUGUGCAAAUGAUUAGUUACAAUGUAACACUCGAUAGUUGAGUGAAAUACUACUUUGUUGCGGAUAGCCAAUCAUGCUCAUAGAUAGAAGCCACUUGUUCCUAGAAGGAAAUAGAAAGACACAUUUGCAGGUAACUACACUGAGUAUACCAAACAAAUUAGGAACACCUUCCUAAUAUUGAGUUGCACCCCCCUCACCCCUCAGAACAGCCUCUACGAGGUGUCGAAAGCAUUCCACAGGGAUGCUGGCCUAUGUUGACUCCAAUGCUUCCCACAGUUGUGACAAGUUGGCUGUCCUUUGGGUGGUGGACCAUUCUUGAUACACACAGGAAACUGUUGAGCGUGAAAAACCCAGCAGAGUUGCAGUUCGGUGCGCCUGGGACCUACUACCAUACCCCAUUGAGACACUUACAUUUUUUGUCUUGCCCAUUCACCCUCUGAAUGGCACACACACAAUCCAUGUCUCAAUUGUCUCAAGGCUUAAAAAUCCUUAUUUAACCUGUCUCCUCCCCUUCAUCUACACGGAUUGAAGUGGAUUUAACAAGUGAAAUCAAUAAUCAUAGCUUUUACCUGGUCAGUCUGUCAUGGAAAGAGCAGGUGUUCUUAAUGUUUUGUAUACUCAGUGUAUGUCCCAGAUUGGAAUAGAGAGGUGAUUUUAGAAUCAUUUUGAUGUCAGAUCUCUUAUUUUAUUUAAUCACAUCUGCUGAAAACGUUCAACUAUGGAAAUUGUUUUUAUCUGACCUUUGACCUAAAUGAUCUAUUAUUUUGACAUUCUUUAGCCUAGGUCUCAUUAAGGCUGUGAUUCUAUAUUGGAUUAUGUGCCAAUAAUCUUCAGAGCCAUUUGAUAUGAGGCUACUCUAGCCUCAAAUACUCAUAUAUAGUCCUCUGUAGCUCAAUUGGUAGAGCAUGGCGCUUGUAACGCCAGGGUAGUGGGUUCGAUCCCCGGGACCACCCAUACGUAAAAAUGUAUGCACACAUGACUGUAAGUCGCUUUGGAUAAAAGCGUCUGCUAAAUGGUUUAUUAUUUAUUAUUAUAUUCCCAUACAGCUGACUCCUCAUGUGAACCUCAAUGUGACUAAACCUGUUUUAGCCUGUUUCUGUGGUACUGCUGCUGAUGGUACAAUGACAUGCAUGUCAGUCAGUCAGUGAGUGGCCGUAGUCAGGGGCAUCCCUUCAGCAGUGCAAACAAAGCAUUCUGUGAUGGGUGGGUCCCCCGCUGGUAGUGCCAGGCUACUGCUGGGGGGUGAGAGGAGGGGGUCUGUAGAUGUGAGCAUAGUACUGCAGUACUGUAACUCCACAGACGCAUCAAUCAGAUGCCCUCUCUAAACUCCUCUUCUCUCUCUCUCUCUCUCUCUCUCUGUACUUCUUUGUCUGUUUCAGUUACAAUCCCAAAUAAUGCAGAAAAAAGUAAGUAACAUUCAGAAACAUUUGGUGCUUUCAAGAUUGUCUUGUAUCCACACACAAUCUUGAACCCACACAAACUCUACUCAUGAGUUCACAUGACACUAAUAUAUACUGUUGUGAUUUAGACAUGGUAAACAAAAUACUUGUUUUGUAUGGGAUAUCAAAUUCAUAUUUAUGUUCAACUCAUGGAUAUACUUGCAUUGUAUUUGUAACUGGUAUGAAUGGUGUCUCUUAUCCUUGCUCCUGUUCUCCAACAGUAUCAUACCUGGUUGUCUUCCACCUGUUCUUCAUCAUGUUUAUCUGGUCCUACUGGAAGACUAUCUGCAGCAGGCCUGCCAGCCCCUCUAAAGAGGUAUACAGAGUAGGGCUGACCCCAUUUAGUCCACUGGUCGAUUGUUUGGCCGGUAGGCUGUUGGUCGACCAAGUUAUUUGUUUUGUCGAGCAGUGGCAAAUAUAUAUAUAUAUAUAUAUAUAUAUAUAUAUAUAUAUAUAUAUAUAUAUAUAUAUAUAUAUAUAUAUAUAUAUAUAUAUAUAUUUUAAACUGUAUGGCACACGAGACACCUGUCUGAUUUACGCCUGUCUGAGUGGACUAAUCCAUUGCGGAGGCACACCAGUAUCACAGUAGUACAUUUACCAUUAAUUACCAGAAUUUCUAAUCUACAAUGUUUGUUUGGUUAUGGUAAUUUCUGUUAAUGCAUUCAAUAUAUUAUUAUUAGUCUUACCGUUGUCAUUGUUGGAGUGGUCACGUUGUUUGCAGAGCGCACAACGUAGGCUACACGUGUGAGAAAAGGGUUUAGUUUUAUUUCAUUCCAUUUACGAGUUUUGUUUGGAGCGCUCCUGUCAAUCUUGAGUAAGGACACGCACCUGACUACGCAUAGAAGUAUGCUUAGUCUACCUGGCCUGUGCGCAAAUGUAAGCCUAUAAAUAUGACCAUUUGGGGAUCUGAUACUAUUUCUGAUUGGCUUAACUCACCAUCACUGUGGAGCUUCUCAAAGUAAUUUUUUCUUCACCUCAAGUAAACAAAGUCUGUUUUUACAGCCAUUGAGAAUGACAAUAGUUCCUCAAUGUAGCCUAUUUGAAAAUCUUUCCAGCUCUCUUCCUUUCGAUAACCGCUCCACAUGAAUGGGGAAAAAUAUGGCAUGCUCUUAUCCAGUGGAAACGUCAUAAAAUAGGCCUACCUGAUUACUUCUUAUCCCUUGCGCAAAUAUCCUACAGCUGUGUAUGUCUGUCCUGAGCUCACUGGCGCAGGAAACUGAGGGCCCAGAAUAUUUUAUACAAUGUUGAUACAAUGUUUCAAGUUCCAUACGUAGCCAAUGUGAUUUGUAGGAUAUUUAUUUUUAUCAGGUUAUUUUUACAUAUGGGCAAUGGCGAUAGAAGUUGCUUUUAGAUUUGUAUCAUUUUCAUUUAGACAUAAUUUUGAUUAACCACAUGACAUUGAUUUUGAGAAAUGAAGACUUUAUUAUAAAUGAAAUGAAGCUGUUCCACAAAAAUAUGCAUAUGAAAAUCAUAACUGGCACGCAGAUCAGUAGAAAUGGUAUGAUAACUUAGCACUCCAUAUGGAAAAGGUUGCCGACCGCUGGUGUAGCCUAUUACUGGCAACUUCAGGAGGGUAAUGGAAGAAUCUCGGCAGGAGGAGGGUCGGGUCGGGAACAGUUUUUUUCUUCUUCUGGUUAGGCUAUAUUGAUCUCUGGCUCCCUCUUUAGUCAUUUGUGUGUCUUAAUUUUUAAUCUCAGUGCUUAAAGCAUCAGACAAACUCAGUAGCCUACAUAUAGUUGAUUUUAUUCAAACAUAGGGUGUGUCUACAUGUGGAAAAACAGACGACUCUCGGUCGGCCAAGAUUUUAGUCGGGGACAGCCCUAAUACAGAGUGUGUAUCUGUCUUUGUCGGUAGUACUAACUCUGCCUCCUGUGAGAUGCUACACCACAAUGCCACGUGGCCAGGGGAGUAGGCACUGGGCCGGGCGGUUCCCAAGGCACUCUGUAAUUACACUGUACAGCACAUGUUCACACAGGAGGGGGUGGGUGUGUAUGUAUGUGUGUGUGAGCGAGAAUAUGGUUGUGGUUUUGAAAGGGGGGUUACUCUGUCUCAAUCUCAAGUUACUUGUUUCACAUUUCAACUGGGCCCUAAUUUCUAGAUACAUGACUACCGGUAAUAACUACGUUCUAACAUACUUGGUGAAACACUCUCUGUUCUCCUGUCAGUUCUGUCUGGCCAAAGUGGAGAAGGAGCAGUAUGAGAAGGAGGAGCCAGACACUCAGCAGGACAUCCUGAAGAAAGUGGCCGUAGGAUUGCCUGUCUACACACGCACAGGGACAGGAGGUGAGAAUGCAAUAGAGUCGAGAUAUAGUUUGAACACACACGCCUUGGAUUUAAAGCUGAUGAUGAUUGAGCAGGUGUAUUGGUGUGUUCUCCACAGCUGUCCGGUACUGUGACCACUGUCAGGUGAUCAAACCCGACCGCUGCCACCACUGUUCCACCUGUGACAUGUGAGUUCAGUUAGUUCUGUCUCUGUGGGGUUCAGAUGAGAUGCACCAUGGGAUUUUAUGUGGGGUCUUUUUAGGUGCUUCAACUCCAAAGUAAUAUACUAUUUUCUCCUCCUUCCCUUGUUUUUUUGUGCUCUGUCUCUCUCUCUCUCUCUCUCAGGUGUGUACUGAAGAUGGAUCAUCACUGUCCAUGGUAUGUAAUGCCUCAGUCCAUUCUUGUAAUAUAGAUGCUUAGCAACAGUACACUCCUUUUGUGUGUGAAGUUCUUUGUUCAUACUGACUUGAUAGUGAUCGGAUCAGUGGAUAGUUUAAUCCUCUCCAUUCUACUGCAUCAGCAUAUUUGAUCUGUCUGCCCUUUUUAUUUGAUGAAGUCACUGUUUGGUCUAGUACAGUAAUAUAAAAGGGAUUACUCAGCUCUCAAACAGAUCAUUCAUCACUUUAUUUUAUAGAGAUUAGAGAAUAGAGGCAACUAGUGGAGAAAGCAGCACAAGCCACAUUUAUCUCUCUCUCCCUCUGUUUCUCUCUCAGGGUGAAUAACUGUGUUGGAUUUUCGAACUACAAGUUCUUUGUCUUGUUUCUGGCCUACUCCAUGCUGUAUUGUGUGUUCAUCGCUGCUACCGUCCUGCAGUAUUUCAUCAAAUUCUGGACAGUAAGUACUACUGAGUAAUACUGUGGCUGCCUUUCAUUUCUUCCCUAGCCAGAGCUUAGUGGUUGAGUGUAAACACUGACAGCAGUAAGAUCCCUGAUCGCAUGUUCCAAUUAGCCAAUACCCAAAUCCUCUACAUAAUCCACCUCAAGCUUGAGCAGUCUGCAUGUCAGAUUUUUAUUUGUAUAUCUAAUCACUGUAAAAUAGUUGCACACUCAAUUUCUCCACUAACAAUCUGUCUCUAAUACUUUGCCUAAAGCAUUGCCGAAGGAGAUCUGUUGGGGAUUGUUCUCAGGUAAAAUGCAAGAUUGUCACUAUUUGAUCGUCAUGGUUAGUCAAAAAGUAAGGUUGCGCUUCUUUGAUAAGCCUAUUGCCACUAAUGGUAAGUCACUGUAAGGUUAGAUAGAGAAGCUCCACCCAUAAUGGCAUUCACAAGGCUUCUGUCUCUCAGAUGUACAAAUCGCUGUUGAGGGAUUCUCUUCAGUAUGUGUCAAACACUGUUGUCUUGCAGCAUAAGCUGUUGUCUGUUCCUCCUUGUGUGUUAAGACUGGGCUUCUGUCCUUGUCUGUGUUGUAUGCUGCCUUGCUUGUGACAAUGAAUGUCCACUGUCAUCUUGACCAACUGAGGCCCAGUGUGGAGUUGGACAGGAUUGGUUGUUUAGCAUGUCCUAUUUUGCAUAUUGAAAUCACAGACAACCAAAGGUCUGUACUGUAUUUAGUACCUUCUGGAGCCAUUCACUGAACAGUCAUGUAGGCUAAGCUUCUGCUACUACAGAAUGAGGUCGUCCAUUGUCACUUAUAACUGACUGAUGUCACAUCCUGUGUGUCUGUGCAGAAGGUUAACAUUACUACUGUAUGCUUCUGGUGAAAAGUAUGACAUCACUAACGGCUCUCCUCUCUCUUCCCUCUCAAGAAUCAGCUGCCUGACACUCACGCCAAAUUCCACGUGUUGUUUCUGUUUUUCGUGGCGGCCAUGUUCUUCAUCAGCAUCCUGUCGCUUUUCAGCUACCAUCUCUGGCUUGUGGGAAAGAACAGAACCACCAUAGGUAGCUGCCAUGCCUCACCAUGCUGCAACACAAAACAUCUCAUCCACUAUUGUCUUUAUUGUUUGUUAUAGUAUUAGUUUAUGUAUUCUUUUAUUUAUUUUUAUUUUUUAAUUUAGAGGCUUUCAGGGCUCCUGUCUUCAGAAAUGGCCCAGACAAGAAUGGCUUCUCUCUGGGCUUCAGUAGGAACAUGGCGGAGGUGUUUGGAGACCAGAAGAAGUACUGGAUGUUUCCCAUCUACACCAGGUGAAAACACCAAGUUGACUAUCCACCUAUUUUGUUGGAGCUUUAGAAUCCAGAAAAUCACAUUGUAGGAUUUUUAAUGAAUUUAUUUGCAAAUUAUGGUGGAAAAUAAGUAUUUGGUCAAUAACAAAAGUUUCUCAAUACUUUGUUAUAUACCCUUUGUUGGCAAUGACACAGGUCAAACGUUUUCUGUAAGUCUUCACAAAGUUUUCACACACUGUUGCUGGUAUUUUGGCCCAUUCCUCCAUGCAGAUCUCCUCUAGAGCAGUGAUGUUUUGGGGCUGUCGCUGGGCAACACGGACUUUCAACUCCCUCCAAAGAUUUUCUAUGGGGUUGAGAUCUGGAGACUGGCUAGGCCACUCCAGGACCUUGAAAUGCUUCUUACGAAGCCACUCCUUCGUUGCCCGGGCGGUGUGUUUGGGAUCAUUGUCAUGCUGAAAGACCCAGCCACGUUUCAUCUUCAUUGCCCUUGCUGAUGGAAGGAGGUUUUCACUCGAAAUCUCACGAUACAUGGCCCCAUUCUUUCCUUUACACGGAUCAGUCAUCCUGGUCCCUUUGCAGAAAAACAGCCCCAAAGCAUGAUGUUUCCACCCCCAUGCUUCACAGUAGGUAUGGUGUUCUUUGGAUGCAACUCAGCAUUCUUUGUCCUCCAAACACGACGAGUUGAGUUUUUACCAGAAAGUUCUAUUUUGGUUUCAUCUGACCAUAUGACAUUCUCCCAAUCCUCUUUUGGAUCAUCCAAAUGCACUCUAGCAAACUUCAAACGGGCCUGGACAUGUACUGGCUUAAGCAGGGGGACACAUCUGGCACUGCAGGAUUUGAGUCCCUGGCGGCGUAGUGUGUUACUGAUGGUAGGCUUUGUUACUUUGGUCCCAGCUCUCUGCAGGUCAUUCACUAGGUCCCCCCGUGUGGUUCUGGGAUUUUUGCUCACCGUUCUUGUGAUCAUUUUGACCCCACGGGUGAGAUCUUGCAUGGAGCCCCAGAUCGAGGGAGAUUAUCAGUGGUCUUGUAUGUCUUCCAUUUCCUAAUAAUUGCUCCCACAGUUGAUUUCUUCAAACCAAGCUGCUUACCUAUUGCAGAUUCAGUCUUCCCAGCCUGGUGCAGGUCUACAAUUUAGUUUCUGGUGUCCUUUGACAGCUCUUUGGUCUUGGCCAUAGUGGAGUUUGGAGUGUGACUGUUUGAGGUUGUGGACAGGUGUCUUUUAUACUGAUAACAAGUUCAAACAGGUGCCAUUAAUACAGGUAACGAGUGGAGGAUAGAGGAGCCUCUUAAAGAAGAAGUUACAGGUCUGUGAGAGCCAGAAAUCUUGCUUGUUUGUAGGUGACCAAAUACUUAUUUUCCACCAUAAUUUGCAAAUAAAUUCAUAACAAAUCCUACAAUGUGAUUUUCUGGAUUUUUUUCCUCAAUUUGUCUGUCAUAGUUGACGUGUACCUAUGAUGAAAAUUACAGGCCUCUUUUUAAGUGGGAGAACUUGCACAAUUGGUGGCUGACUAAAUACUUUUUCCCCCCACUGUAUACACACACACACACAGUUGAAGUCGGAAGUUUACAUACACUUAGGUUGGAGUCAUUAAAACUCGUUUUUCAACCACUCCAGACAUUUAUAUAUAUUUGCGAGAGAAAAAAACAUAUGGGGGAUUGGAAGUGAUGCAGACAAUUACAUUGAUUGAAGUUACAAUCUAUCUGCAAAUUAAAGCUGAUCUACCCCCUAAAAAAAACAACGUAUUAACGUAUUCUACAAAAAACAAUAUCACUCCCUAUAAACACAACCCUAUGGAACAAUCCUUAGAUAGCUUUUCAGAAUUCACAGAUAAAUUGUUCUCUCUUCUCUCCUUUCUCUCCGUCAGUCACGGGGAUGGACACAGUUUUGUCACCCGGUUGCUGACCUUAGAUCCUGAGCAGAUAGCUGUGGGCCUCCAGAUCAACGGCAAAAGGUUAUUUAUGGAUUCUCGGGCUGAUUUCUUUCAUUCCUGAUUCAGUAAAAUGAUCUCACUUCAUUUAUUAAUUUUAAUCUCUUUCUUGUCCUCCAACAGCUCUGUAGAUGGUCUGACAAGCCCCAAGCAUGUCCUUGGCAACAACAUUAACCACAUUGAGGACCAUCAGGAUGGUAUGUAGCUUUCCCAUAGAUCCCCUGUAAUGUCAAGUAGCCCUGUGUCUGAACCUUGAACCAUUGUGUUUCAGACGUAGCCCAGACGGUCACUGUCACCAUGGAGAGUGAGUCAUAGACAGGUAAGCCUAUGGAUGAGUUCUGCUGAAAUGCGCGCGUUUCCUGCAGACCUUAGAGAGGAAACUGAUGACCACCAGGUGGCUCAAACGGCCAGUUUAGACAUCUGCCAAGAGACAACUGAGCCAUUAACUGUGAUGCCUUCCAACCAGCAGCAUCUUUGUCUCUACAGAAACCAGCCUUUUUAUCAUCACCUGCAGUACCCCUAAUACCAUGGACAAAUGUCAAGUAACAGCUCUCGUAUAGCCAUCAUCUUCUCUAUUGUUAUUCUUACGAUCACCAAACAGCAUCCCUGUUACGACGGACAAAACCUGGACUGUCAUGGACACUACAUCUGUCACCAGAGCAUUCAUCAGCUUUCAGUUUCCAUCCUCACCAAACACAUGCAGACGCGUCGUCUUUGUUGCUAAGCAAAGACACACAACAAUCUUUAUUUGUAUUUUUUGUAACUAUUAUUAAUCUCUGGAACUGCUCUGUUAUUCAAGCCAAAAAAAGAAUGCUCUUUGCACUAGAUUAGAUAAGUGCAGAACCGUUAUACGCUUCUGUUAAAUCAGUAUUCACUUGCUUUAUUGGAAAAAAGGAAGAGAGUUCACUGUGUCUUAGCACAGAAAAUAUGUUAGUGGUUUUGAUUUGAUUAAACCAAGGGGAUCCAAUGUUGUCUUGAAGCCCUGAAGGUCAUGAGCACUAAUGUCUCAGUUUAUUGUAGCGUGUGUACUGUAUGCACUUUCCACUUGAACCCUGUGGCGGGCGCUAAGCAUAUCCAUUGAUGUCAACAGGACAGUUGGUUUAUACGAACCACGGCUUUGUAGGACCCUAUGCCUCUCCCAAAAUCCUGCUCUGCAUCAUUGUAACUUAAAUGUGCAUUGUGCCUUCAGUAUAGUAUGGAAGAACAAAGGUACAGUGCUAUAGUAGACCUUAGCAUGGCGUGAUAACUUUACAAUUUAGACAGAUGGAAGUGAACCCGGAGAGCAUUUAUGUUUACAAUUUUACGGGCCAAAUACUAACUCCUGUUUUGCAAAGUUCCAUGCAAGUCCACCUUUGACAUCAGUGAUGAUAUACACUUGAGUGUAUAAAAC